AUGCACAAUUUAAAUAGAGUCUACCCCUAAGACAAGAAUAACGUGAUUCUAGGAUCUCCUGAUAUCAAAGUUAAGUCUUUUAAUCCUAGUUUUCAAAGAGGAAGAACUACUAAUUUCAUCAAUGAUAAUAAUUUACUUAUGCCUGUCAAAACUCCUAGUUAUGUACCUAGUACAUUUAAUAACUAAAACGACAAGAAGGAAAGCAGCCCUUUUGGAUUCUUCAAAAGAAUGCUUUCUAACCAAUCAAGGAAGUCUAAAAAUGGUGAUGAGGUCAUGUCCCCUGCAUCAGCAGGUCAUAAACCGAAGGGAAUUUUAAAGAGAGCAACAACUGAAAGAAAGGGAGGCAAAAAAGAGGCUCGGAGAAGCAGCUUCCUAGGUAUAUUUCAGGGAGAAUAAGAAGAAUCCUUGGAUUCUGAGUAAGUUUCUGCUUACAGAAGAUAUCAGUUUAUCAAGCGAAGAGACACUAGAAAAGAUGUAGAAAAAUCUAAAGACCUUUUUAAAGUUCUAAAACUUGGAGCAUUUCAUGAGACUGAAUUUUCGAAUGAAAAUAUGGCCAAACUACAUGUUUUAGAUUUGAUGAGGAUCUCCAAGAAAAAUUCACUAAGAUCCUCAAAGUCAAAAAAAUCUACAAAAUCAAACAACAAGGGUCACAGGAAUGGGAAGAGUAACUUUGGUAUCCUCAGUGAUUUGAAGUAGGAGCAUUUACUAAAAGUCGACAGAGAUAAAUCUCCAGAGUUGCAAAAAAUGCAAGAUCUUGAGAGAUCUAAAAAUGAUGUGACAAUGGAAUCUAACAAAAGAAUAAGCUUAAGUACAUCUUUACUUUCAAACAACCACAAGUAAAAAAUCUUCAGAAGAUAGAGUUUUGCAUUCAGAGCAAAGAAAUUUGGGAGUGGAUUAGACAAUAGUCUGUUAAGAAGAGAAACGCUAAAAAUGCUACAGGAUAAAGCAGAUUUAAGUCCAAUACCGUAAUCAAUCAGUGCUCAAAGUAAAUAAACUGGCAUAAAGCAAAGGAUGAUUAGAUCAAGCACCAUAAAUGUUAAGCGAAAGAAAAAGGACCCCAAUGAAAAGGAGAUGACUAUAGAGGAACUUAAAGCUUACAUCUUGUCAGAGAAAAUGAAACUGAAACAGGAAAAGACAUUAUUGAAAGCUUAGCAGACAAUGUAGAAACAGAAUUCAAUGGUCAUUGAAAAGAGAAUUCUAUGCUGUGUUUGCAAAUGCCAAAGAGAUGUUGACAAUGAUGAAUCAGAGGAUAUCAGCAGUGAUGAUUGCGAUGAUAAUGCAGCUCGAUUCAAAAUCAUGUAGAAUCAUGAGAAAAAUGAGCAUCUUUAAAUGCUUUGGAAAAAAUCUCACAUCAAGGCAAGAGCUGGUGCAAAUGUUGUGAGGCUAUUCAAUGAUCUUGCUAGAAAAAUUUACUUGUUUGGAGUAUCAAAAGGCCUAACAUAGAUUGAACUUGAAGAGAGAAUUCCAUAAUAUAUUCUUAUGCCUGGAGAUCGAUCUAAAUAGAUUUGGAAUAUGAUAACAAUACUCAUGCUGUUAUACACAGCUCUCUUUAUGCCAUAUAAAGUGGCAUUUUUAGACGAUGACAGUGACUCAGGUUUAUCUGGUACUCUUGACUGGGUAGUUGACAGUCUCUUUUUUACCGAUAUCAUAAUUACCUUUUUCUCUGCUUUUGAAGCUUCUGAUGGGUCGAUUGAAUUCAGUUUUCCCUUCCAGGUAUUUGCACAAGAUAAUUCAUAAGGCUCAAGUUAUCAAAAGCUUUUAAGACUGCUUCGUUUGCCUAGAUUAUUUAGAAUGAUAACUAUCUUAAAAGUGCUUAAGCAAGUGAAGUUCUUAAGAGAAAACAGAACUUUUAACAAAAUUAUGAAGAAAUUAAGAAUGAAUACUGCUAUAGUCAGAAUGAUUCAAGGUAUGGUUGCUUCAGUCGUUGUUACUCAUUUAUUUGCUUGCUUUUGGUUUUUAACAUCUAAAUUUGACGACUAUGAUCCUGACACAUGGGUCUACAGAAUGCACAUAGUAGAUGAGCCACCCUCAAAUUAGUAUCUAUAUUCUCUAUAUUGGUCAACUCAAACUGUAAUUACUGUUGGAUAUGGAGAUAUCCCAGCAGUUUCCGUUAGUGAGAUGAUUCUAUCAUUAUUUUGGAUGGUAUUUGGAGUAGGCUUUUACUCUUUCAUUAUUGGUAACUACUCCUCUAUUAUUUCGAGUAAUAUCCAGAUUCAAGCAUCUAUUUAAAUGAAGAUUAAGAGUUUAGCUGAGUUAGCAAAGAAAGCUUCUAUCCCUAUAGAACUUUCCAAAAAGAUCAAAAAGUUUAUAGAAAACAAUUUUGAAGCAAUUUACAAUUAAGAAGAUGAGACACAGCUUAUUAAAAUGCUUCCACCCUCAUUAAGAGACGAAGUUCUUUCAAAUACAUUCGGGGAAGUAAUUGAAAAAGUACAAUUUUUCAGAGAAAUGAAGGAUCCAGACUUCUUGUGGAAAAUCCUUCCCCUCCUUAGACCUAUUAAGCUAGAAAAAGGAGAUAUUUUAUAUUGGAGAGGUGAUCAUGCUGAGGAUAGGAGCAUUAAGCUAUACACUGAAAGAGGAUAUCCCUACAUUAAAUAUAAUGAAGGAGACUUGUUUGGAGAUUCUGACACUUUACUCAAUCUUCCAAGAGAUGGAAAAGCAAUUGCAAUGACACACUUAAAAUUAAUGGUCCUAAAGAUUGAUUAAAUGUUUGAAAAAUCUUUUGAAAACUAAGAAAAAAACUUUAUGGAAAUGAUAUUUGAAGCAAGGAAGAAAAGAAAUCUACAUUUAAGACUAAUCUAGGUUGCUAAUAAAAAGGGCAAAAGAGAGCAGAAGAAUAACUUGAUUGCAAAGAAAUCAUCUAUGACUAAAGAUGGUAAUCAUGAAGGAGAUCCCGCAUUAGCGUAGUAGGCAGAUGGAGAAUAAAAUGAUAUUUAAGAAAAGAAAAGUCUCUUCAGUAGUUUUAAGAAGAAAAUUGUUACAGUAACCUCUCUCUUUAAGAAAGAUUAGAAUUCUCCUACAGAUAUAUCCCAAAAUGAAAAGAAAAGUGACUACUUAAGCAUCCUUAGGAAAAAAGCAGACAAAUCUCCAAAUACAGCAGGCAAUUCACCUGCUAACAAAGAUAAAAAAAGAGAAAUGAAAUAGAUUAAUCAAGUUUCGUAGAAGGCUUCGUCAUUGAUGACUCUAGAUUAGUUGAAUCAAAAUAUUGUCUUGCCAAUUCUGAAAAAUCCUUCAUCUAAUGGGGAUGAAACUCAACAUCAAUAAACUGGAGGAUUCACAAUUGGAGCAAUUUCAAAGCCUCCUAGCCCUGAGUUGAUAAUUCACAAGCCAAAAGAUGAUGAUCAAUCAGCAACUGUAAUGAAUAAACUUAUCCUAUAACCAACUAAUAUGAAACCAGAGAUUUUUGAAAUUUCGCAGGUCGAUGUAAAAGGUCGUAUGAUUAGUUAGAACCCUUCUAAAUUAUCUCUCUUGGAUGAAAAUUUAAGGCCAAGCACAUAAAGUCUUGAAUCAUCAUUAAAAUCUUAGGAGGGAAGCACUGAAAAUAUAAAGACUUUAAAGGCUCAUGAUAGUGAUUAAAAUGCGUUUGUCAAGUCUAUGAGGAGUAAGGAUAGUGGUCCAACUAAUAAGACUUUAAGAUCAAGUGAAAAUUUAGACUUCAAAUCUAUUCCAAAUCUUGAAGAGUAAGACUUAGCAUAUUUACAUUAGCAUCUAGAUAUUGGAAGAAAAGAUUGGAACAGAGAUCAAGAGCUUCUGAUGAUGAAAAGAUAUAUGAGGAGAUUAAAAAGUAACUACCACAACAUAAAAAUAACAAGCAUUCGCUUAUUGAAAAACUUCUACUGUCAGCAUAUGGAAGAUAAAACUCACUUACUAAUGUUUAUCAAAGUAAUCUUAUAUUGGAGAUCUUAAUUUUAAAUAGAGUUCCCUUUUCUAAAAUCAAUAAACCUAGAUGAGAUAGUAGGUAGGGAUGUCACUAUGAAGCCAAAAUACUCAAAGAAAGUAGAUACUCCUAAAGCAACAAGUAGAAUUAUUAGUGCUAGAAGAGGAUCAGUUGGAGGAAAUUCACAAUGCCCUUCUGCAAGAUCUCAUGCAGGAUAGAAUGCUUUAUAAUUUCAAACUAAGCAGUCUAGAAGAUUUUCAAACGGAAAUUUGUAAAUAGAAUUACCAAGUCCAACCAAAUCUAAGAAACAAAAUAAAGCCUCAUUAUUUGGUAAGAAUUCAGUGUAGAAUCCUAAAUCUAUGAUUAUUGAUUCCCAGCUUAGCUCUAGUUUCAAGGAUUUCUCAAAAGAUUCAGAAAAAGAAGUAAAUAUAGCGCAAAAAAGUUAAAAUGCAUUAAUGAGAGCUAUAACAAGAAUUAAUGAGGAAAUCGAGCGUGAUGAAUAGGAAAAGAAAUAAAAAAAAGAAUCUCUUAUAAUAACUAAUGAAUCAUAGACAUUAAAAUUGCAGCUUCCUGAGUCAACUUCAUAAUAAGAAUCUAAUAACCUGAUUCCUCCACUUAAAACAUCAAGAAAGAUGGAAUCAAAUAGCCUACCAACUAUUAUUGUCCAAGAAAGACUUGAUAGAAUUAACCAAUAAAGUAAAAGAGAUAAAUAAUUGAGCAUUUAGACAAAGUUUGAACCUAGUCCUCAUAAUGGCAAUAAUCUCUCACCGGUUCGGAUCGCUAAGCAUAAUUAUGAUAAGGCAUAAAAUACUCUUCAACUUCCAGGUCAGCACUAUGGAUAAUCCCCAAAACCAAUUAUUGGAAGUAAGAGGAAUUUAGAUAGUGAUAAUACUAAUCAGAUAAUUAAUAGAUCUGAGGACCCAUCAUAAUAUGGAGCACAAGGCGAGGAUAUUGAAGGAUAUAUAAAAAAGACUAGGACAGGUUCAGUCAGAGUUAUAGCAUAACGACCAUCAUUCAUGAUUAUAAGACAAAAUAGUCCUUAAAAUAUCAAUACAGUGGGUAAUAGAUAUUUGUAAAAUCAGUUCAUAUCUCCAAUUUCUCUAUAAAGGAUUUGCAGUGUUGAUCCAAGAUAACUCUAAAACUUUUAGCAAUAGCAAGAUCUUACAAACAAGGAGUCAUCCACAUAAAAAUAAGCAAGUUUAAACCAUUUGAAUAGCUAGUUCGGAGCUAAUUUAUCUCCAAUGGUGGCUAGACAUAACUCAACUACAACGAAUAAGAAAUCUCUUUCAGAAGCAGUUUCAUUUGUGUUUGAGCAGAAAUUCUCUUUGAAAAACAAGGGCAAAUAGCAAGAAAGAAUUAACUAACUUUUAAAGGAAAAUAAUGAUCUGCCACCACUUAAGAGCAAAAUGACAUUCACUGAUGCAGUUAUCAACCUAAACAAGACAUAGACUAAAAAUAAGGAAUUGGAUCCUGAUGAGGAGGAAAAAGAAAGAGUAUUGGAAAUUCUUGACCAAGAAAAUUUUCUUGAUGAACAACUCCUAAUGAACCAAAAUGAAGACUUUAGGGUAAAUUAAUUAAGCGACAAUUAAUACUUUGGAGAUCCUAAUUCUUUCAAGGUAUCAGACAUCAGAGCUACUCUGGUAGAGGAAAUCAAGAAGAAAUUCUCUAAGAACCUCAACUAUGAAUAUCAGAAAAUGACAUCCUAAGGUUCUAUGGCCUAUUAUUAGAGCUCAGAAAAUAAUGCAGAUAACUAAUAGUAUCAUCCUAAUGGAUUAACUUAUGAUCAAAUGGAAAAACUGUACUUAAAAACUUAAUUUGAGCCAUUUUGCAAUGAUCAACAGAUAGAAUUCUAUGGAGAUCCGGCUGUAGUUGGCUUAGUUCAGUUCAAUGCAGAUAUGGGGCAUAUAGCUAUGAAUGUCUUUGAGACUUUCACUGUAUUCGAUCUGAUAGGUAAAGGUAACCAGACUCUCAAUGAAAGUCUUUAGCUAAUUUAGUCAUAAAACAGUAUCAUCAUGUAGAGGUAAGAUAAUAUGGAUAGGAAGCUUGAUGAAAUCGAGUAGCAACUUCUUAUGGUAAAGUAACUUAAAAAUUUUAAGACUACACCGUAAUUAGCUUAAAUACCUUAAGAGAUGAGAUACUGA